ACUGCGCGAUUUCACAAUGCCCGAAAAACCUUAUUGUUGGAAGUUCAGCCUUGGGAAGAAGUGAACAGCUAUGAGCCUGCUUCAGCUAUAUACUUCAGUUUUGAUAAUAAUUGACGCCCUCAAGGUCACCUGUGCAUUUAAUAACAAUACUGUAGAAGAAAUUGGCUGUGCGAAUUGCACAUGCCCCGAUAAAAGCGCUGCGCAUUGCUUUAUUCCUGAAUGUUCUUCCUUUUGUAAGAAUGGCACUCUCUAUAACAAGCUUACGAAUAAUUGCAUCCGGAACACUUCAAUCGUAUGUCGAAUAAAACCAAGAAACAGGAGUCCACGACACGCUGCUGACCUUCAGUGCAUAAGAUGCCUAUGUGGAGAGCGUGACACCUCCUGCGAGUUCGGUCCACUAUGCAACUGCAACAAUGGUCUUUUCUAUCCUAAGAACAACAAGGAAAACUGUGCUUCGAACCUCCCACAAUGCGGAAUUUUCCUUGACGCAUCACCUAUUUCUAAAGGGUGCCUAACUUGCAAAUGUGACCAAGGCCAUGAUUUCUGCAAAUAUCAGAACACCACUUGCAACUGUAUGCGAGGUACUGUCUACAGACAUGAAAAGUACAAAGAAUGUGCACUUCAGCCUGAAGAAUGCAUCAAGAUGCAAGAUCAAAGCAUCCCGAGGCCAGCAGAAAAAGAUAACUGCGCGCCAUGCAAGUGCAACGACAAGCAACCGGUGUGCGCUGUUGUGGACACCAAGUGCGACUGCGUUAACGAGCGCCUGCAAUUCAGGGAGACGGGAAAAUGCGCCAUCAACAAGGACGACUGCGGCGCAUUGCUCGUUCCUCCACUCAUCCCAAAACCACAAGAAGAGCACUGCGCGCCAUGCCAGUGCGACGACAAGCAACCGGUGUGCGCUGUUGGGGACACCAUGUGCCACUGCGUUAAUGGGAGCCUUCGGUUCCGGGAGACGGGAAAAUGCGCCACGAACAGAGGCGACUGCGGCAAACUGCUCGUUCCUCCACGCAUCCCAAAGCCGCAAGAAGAAGAGCACUGCGCGCCAUGCCAGUGCGACGACAAGCAACCGGUGUGCUUUGUUGUCGACACCAUGUGCCACUGCGUUAAUGGGAGCCUUCGGUUCUCGGAGACGCGAAAAUGCGCCAUGAAUAGAGGCGACUGCGGCAAACUGCUCGUUCCUCCACUCAUCCCAAAGCCGCAAGAAGAAGAGCACUGCGCACCUUGCCAGUGCGACGACAAGCAAGCGGUGUGCUUUGUUGUCGACACCAUGUGCCACUGCGUUAAUGGGAGCCUUAGGUCCUGGGAUACGGGAAAAUGCGCCACGAGCAAAGACGACUGCGGCACACUGCUCGUUCCUCCACUCAUCCCAACGCCGCAAGAAAAAGAGCACUGCGCACCAUGCCAGUGCGACGACAAGCAAGCGGAUUGCGCUGUUGUGGACGCCAGGUGCCACUGCGUCAAAGGGAGCCUUCGGUUCUUGGAGACGGGAAAAUGCGCCACGAGCAAAGACGAGUGCGGCACACUGCCCGUUCCUCCACUCAUCCCAAAGCCGCAAGAAGAAGAGCACUGCGCGCCAUGCCAGUGCGACGACAAGCAAUCGGUGUGCUUUGUUGUUGACACCAUGUGCCACUGCGUUAAUGGGAGCCUUCGGUUCUGGGAGACGGGAAAAUGCGCCAUGAACAGAAGCGACUGCGGCAAACUGCUCGUUCCUCCACUCAUCCCAACGCGGCAAGAAAAAGAGCACUGCGCGCCAUGCCAUUGCAACGACAAGGAAGCGGACUGCGCUGUUGCGGACACCAGGUGCCACUGCGUCAAUGGGCGCCUUGAGUUCUUGGAGACGGGAAAAUGCGCCACGAGCAAAGACGACUGCGGCACACUGCUCGUUCCUCCAGUCAUCCCAACGCCGCAAGAAAAAGAGCACUGCGCGCCAUGCCAGUGCGACGACAAGCAAGCGGACUGCGCUGUUGCGGACACCAGGUGCCACUGCGUCAAUGGGCGCCUUGAGUUCUUGGAGACGGGAAAAUGCGCCACGAGCAAAGACGACUGCGGAACACUGCUCGUUCCUCCACUCAUCCCAAGGCCGCAAGAAGAAGAGCACUGCGCGCCAUGCCAGUGCGACGACAAGCAAGCGGAGUGUGCUGUUGCGGGCACCAUGUGCCACUGCGUCAAUGGGAGCCUUCAGUUCAGGGAGACGGGAAAAUGCGCCACGAGCAAAGAGGACUGCGGCACACUGCCCGUUCCUCCACUUAUCCCGAGGCCGGAAAAAGGAGAAGAUCACUGUUUGCCAUGCCAGUGCUACGACAACCAACCGGUGUGCCCUAUGGCAGGAAGCAUUUGCGACUGUGUUAAUGAACGCCUACGCUUGAGGCAGAAUGGGCAAUGCGCCAUCAGUAAACACGAAUGCGGUUCACUAUACCCUCCUCCGCGCUUUCAGAAUGCUGAAGGCAUGUGUGCUGCUUGCAAGUGCCCGGAAAAUCUUGCCGAGUGCCCUGUCGAUGGUGGCUGGUGCGAUUGCAUCAAUGGGUUUUUUCUGCUCAGGAACUCCUCGCGAUGUGUCCCCAAAAAAGAAGACUGCAGCACUAAACCUUUGAAAGUUAUAGAACAGGAACACGGGUGUGCAAUGUGUAUUUGCCCCGAAGACGUUCAGGCAUGCUCAGUCGAAGGCACCAACUGUGACUGUGUUAACAGAGUGUACCGCUACAAGAAAACUGGGAAAUGUGUGCGUAACAGUGCUCAUUGCAAGCCAUUUAUUCGUUCUUCAUGAGAUCAUGCUUUCGUAGCAUUAUUUUUGUUGUUCUUUUAUCGGCCUGUAGAGAUUGAAAGAAUGCCAAUAAAGAUGGAGAAAAAGAAA